CCGCACCUAAUGACACAUUUUAAGGCUAAAACCUAAAAGUUGGCCAUCGAACCCUCGCUAGCGCAGUAUCCAUAUUUUUGUUCAUAAGAAGAUAUCUUUUUUUUUAGGAAUUAAGCUAUGGAUGGUUGCUUGAAGAUUCACAAUGCAGUUUCUACUACAAUUACAAGCCCAGUUUUUUCGAAAAAGUCUGCAAAUUUCAGAGUUUUCACUGUUAAAUGCUCUUCAGAUGGUGCACUUUCUGGAGCUGCAGGUGUGGUUGAAAGACCUUGGAAGGUAGCAGAUGCUAGACUUGUCCUCGAGGAUGGUUCAAUUUGGAAGGCAAAAUCAUUUGGUGCUCAUGGAACCCAAGUUGGAGAAGUGGUUUUUAAUACCUCUUUAACUGGGUAUCAGGAGAUAAUUACAGAUCCCAGUUAUGCGGGCCAGUUUGUCUUGAUGACUAACCCUCAUAUCGGGAAUACUGGGGUCAAUUUUGGCGAUGAAGAAUCGAUGCAGUGCUUUCUUGCAGGAUUAGUCAUUAGAAGCUUAAGUAUCAGCACCUCAAAUUGGAGAUGCAAAGAGACACUUGAUGACUAUUUGGCUGAAAGGAACAUCAUGGGUAUAUAUGAUGUUGACACUCGAGCAAUUACACGAAGAUUGAGAGAAGACGGUAGCCUCAUUGGAGUAUUGAGCACAGAAAAUUCAAAAAGUGACGAAGAACUUCUUGAAAUGUCCCGUACAUGGGACAUUGUGGGUGUGGAUCUAAUCAGUGGUGUUUCAUGCAAAUCUCCUUACGAAUGGAUUGAUAGAACUGCCUCAGAUUGGGAGUUUAAUGAUAAUGGAAGAAAUAAAGAAACUUUCAAUGUCGUUGCAUAUGAUUUUGGAAUCAAGCAUAAUAUACUUCGGCGCUUAGCAUCCUACGGCUGUAAAAUCACUGUUGUUCCUUCAACAUGGCCAGCAUCUGAAACUCUGAAGAUGAAACCUGAUGGAGUUCUUUUCAGCAAUGGGCCAGGAGAUCCCUCUGCAGUUCCCUAUGCAGUCAAAGCAGUAAAAGAACUUAUUGGAAAAAUUCCUAUUUUUGGCAUUUGUAUGGGUCACCAGUUGCUUGGUCAAGCAUUGGGGGGUAAGACAUUCAAAAUGAAAUUCGGCCAUCAUGGAGGAAACCAUCCAGUUCGAAACCUUCGAAAUGGCUGUGUUGAGAUCAGUGCCCAGAAUCACAACUAUGCUGUUGACCCCAAGUCUCUUCCAGAGGGUGUAGAGGUGACUCAUGUAAAUUUAAAUGACGGAAGUUGUGCUGGUCUUGCCUCAUCUAAAAUGAAGCUGAUGUCACUUCAAUACCAUCCCGAGGCAUCUCCAGGACCUCAUGAUUCAGAUCCUGUGUUUGGAGAGUUUAUACAACUUAUGAAGCAAGAAAAAGUGAAGCAAUAAGCCACAAUUGCGCAGAGGCUGAAGCAAUAACUGGUAAGAUAUAUUUCGAAGGAACCACAUUUUGAAAAUCACAAUUUCAUUGCGGACUUGCCAUCAACAAGUCAGUGCAAUUCGUCGUUCUGCACCUCUUUCUUGCCAUAAAUUAAGUCAGAGCAAUCUGUCGUGCUGCGCCUCUUCUCUGCAAUUAUAUAUAUAUGUAUGGUACUCUGUGUUCUGGUACUUGUAACAAUACACUUGUUUGUUAGGUGUAACUGGUACUUUGGAACAAGUUAAUGAAUACUUAUGUGUUCUCCAUGCUA